AUGGAGGAACGACAGGAAAAUUCCAAAGAAAAGGAACCUGAACUUAUUCCCCUGGAAGAGGAUUUGGAUAAAAUUUACCAUGAUCACACGGAGAAGUCGUUCAAAACUGAAAUUAGGCGAAAAAAUGAAACUCGAUUCAAACUCCUACAAAGUCUGUUUCUCGCUAUGGCAUUCAUGAUAUUGGGAUGGUCUAAAGGACAGCUUGGACCAGCGUUUAUGGAUCUGUUGUUUAUUACUGGAGCUGACUUGAAGGCCGGUUCUGGAUUUAUGACGUCGUAUUAUGCCGGUCGUAUGCUGGGUUCAAUACUAGCAGGUGUUAUCUAUUUAAAAGUAAACAAAUAUCUUAUAUUUGUGUUUUCUAUAUCCAUCAAUGGGAUCAUUGUAGCAGCAAUACCAUGGUGUUCCCAAUACGAACUAAUGAUGGCCGCUCAUGUCAUACACGGUGUUUCCGGAGGCGUCCUUGAUGUUGCAAUCACAUCCGAGGCUGUCAAAAUAUGGGGACCAACUGCAAGAGGGCGUUCUUAUCUCCAAAUACUUGCUGCAUCAUUUGCUGUAUCAGGACUGCUUGCACCCAUGGCAACUGCGCCAUUUUUAUUGCAAACAAAAGACAAUAUAUGUAAACCAUGUUGCCGUUACCGCGAACAGAUGAGUGAGUAUUGGCGGGUUAACUGUAGCACCAAUAAAUGCUGCUACAAGGAGAGCAGACGACACUCUACCAGUAACGGGGACAAACGCCUCGUGCGUCCAGGACACCAGAGCUCCUGGAAUCGGCCCAGUAGCCACGCCUACUAA